AUGGCGUCGAAGCGGAUCUUGAAGGAACUCAAGGAUCUGCAGAAGGAUCCACCCACGUCAUGUAGCGCAGGACCUGUUGCUGAAGACAUGUUUCAUUGGCAGGCAACGAUAAUGGGUCCUUCAGACAGUCCUUAUGCUGGUGGUGUUUUCCUUGUUACCAUUCACUUCCCUCCAGAUUACCCUUUCAAACCUCCUAAGGUUGCCUUUAGGACGAAGGUUUUCCAUCCCAACAUUAAUAGCAAUGGAAGCAUUUGCCUCGAUAUCUUGAAGGAGCAAUGGAGUCCUGCACUCACCAUUUCCAAGGUCCUGUUAUCGAUCUGUUCUUUGUUAACCGAUCCAAACCCGGAUGAUCCUUUGGUGCCUGAGAUAGCUCAUAUGUACAAAACCGACAAGGUUAAGUAUGAGUCCACUGCACGGAGCUGGACUCAGAAGUAUGCCAUGGGCUGA